AUGGUCUCGUCGUCCAGCAUUCUCGGUUUUGUCCGCCGCAGUAUCAAAUCCCGGUCGAAUUCCCUAAGCAGUUCCCCGCAGCAGAAGAAACAGGGGUCGAAUUCAAAUACGGGGUUUCCGUUUCUAUCAUUACCCCGAAAGAUACGAGAUGAAAUUUACAAAUACAUUGUCAUUUUUCAUCACCAACAGUUCCGGCCGAAUUUGACUUAUAAUCCGAGUCCUAGAUUCGAGGUACCGAUAUUUAAGGGUGUUGCAUUUACUCCGGCCUCACAAGGGGGGGGACUUGCGAUUCUUCAAGUGAAUAAGCAGAUUCAUAGUGAAGCUACGCAAUGCUUUUAUAAUUAUAAUGCAUUCCCUAUUCAGAUUGUGAUCGAUGGCGGGGUAUACAAUGGUGGGGAUGAUUGUGCUCUUCUUAUGACCUGCACGACCCCGUGGGAGGAUCUAACGUAUGAAUUUACGGAGUCUAAAGAUCCUGAUCAGGAACCAUCUCGAGCCUACCAACCUUCAACAUAUUAUAACAAGAAUCCCCUGGACAGUGAACAUAUCCAUGCUGCUAGCAAACCCAUCCUCCCAUUACCAUGCUACCGGAAUCUUAUCCGAAGAUUUAACAUCGAGAUAAUCGAUACUGGACGAUUUGAUCUUGCGAACGGACAAUCACCCAUGACACCUGAAAAGCUACGACAAGUUUUAACACCAUUCACAGCCCGUAUUCGCGACCUUCUAGCAGAUUGCGGGGAUAGAGUCCACAUGGAAAUUGAUCUAAUCUCACCGCUGUUUUCAAUACAUGAAUCCGAAUGGGAAACAAGAUUUCAUCUAGAUGAAGAAUAUCGAUGGCACUAUCGACAACUUAUCGAAAUCGCCUGGCCCUUGACCAAUGGAUGUUGGAGCUAUACCCUUAAAACGCCUCAGAUCUGUGAAAACCCGUUCGUCCAGAGGAUCAAAGAAGAAACGCUGGAAUUGUGCGACGAAACACCGGAUUCGCAGAGGGACGAGGCGGAAAUGGCAUUCUUGGGAUUACCGGAACUUUCUUCUAACCGUGUGUUCGCUAUGAACAAGGGUAGAUUGGUGGUCACACGACAAGGAUUGAAGGGUAGUGGAAGACAGAUGUGUGUGUAUCCGACUGGGGAAUAUCAUAUUCCGGGACAGCCAAGACAGAGUCUUGAAGGCGAUAUCAGAAAUGAGACUUCGAAUGGGACAUCUGCCAAGCAAAAGAUUAGACGGUUAAGCAAGUAUCUUGAGCGGUUAUGA